AUGGCAAGUGUUGGUUAUGGUAGAUCAGGGGUUUUAGAAACCUAUGUAAGAGGACACUGGUAUAAAGUUUUUGUGUCCGUUGAAGAAGAUUAUUUAUCUAUUUGUUUAGAUGAAAACUAUGAAUCAUCUACAGCUCUUAAUGGAACCUUAAAUAAUAAUAAUAAUAAUAAUGGUCUAAAUGAUUCUGGAACGGGAACAAUGGAUGUUGCUGAUGUUCCAGAUUCAGUGGCUAAUCAAAAAAGAGUUGUUAGAGUUGUUAAAUCAGACAGUAAUGGUUUAGGAAUAUCAAUUAAGGGUGGGAAAGAAAAUAAAAUGCCCAUUCUUAUAUCUAAAAUAUUUAAAGGCCUAGCUGCCGAUCAAACUGAGCAACUUUAUGUUGGUGAUGCAAUUUUAUGUGUUAAUGGAGAAGAUUUAAGAGAUGCUACUCAUGAUGAAGCAGUAAAAGCUCUUAAAAAAGCUGGCAAAGUAGUAGACCUAGAGGAACCUAUCCAAUUUUUAUAUAUUGAGUGUCAUCAAAAUCAAAUCUAA